UAAAUAAAUUUAAAAUGGAAGCAAUAAGAAAAAAGAUGGCCACUCUUCGAAAGAACUUAGAGGAUUCAGAAAAAGCUGCACAAGAGGCAGAAGAUGAGUUAAAUUCUGUCAAUCAAAGAGCAAAUGAAGUUGAAGAAAAACUUGAAGAAUUAAUAAAGUUAAAAACUACCAUUGAAGAUAAACUUGAUGAGGCUGAUGAGAGAGAAAAACUAUUGAAGCUUAGUCUUGCUGAAGCAGAAAAAAACCAAGAUGAAGGUUUAAGAGUCAAAAGGGAAUUAGAACAUCGUGGUAAUGCAGGAAGCAGUCAGUUACAGCGUCUAGAGCGAGAAUUAAGCGAGUUACUUGCCAAAAAUGAAAAAGUUACAGCAAAAUUAGAAAAAGUUACUAAAGAAAUAGCUGACUUGGAAACAAAACAAGACAUCGAAGAAGAAAGAUGUGCUGAUCUUGAUCAUCGUGUCAGGGAAUUAGAACCAGAGAUGAUUCAAAUCGGCAACAUGCUGAGGAGUUCAAAAAUUAAUGAAAGUAAAGCAACAGUUAGAAUGGAAUCAUCAGAUGAAAAGUUGGAAAAAAUGCAUGUAAAACUUGAAGAGAUAGAAGAAAGGGUUCGAAGAACUGCAGCACGAGAAGAAGACCUCGAGUUAAAAAUGACUGAGCUAGAAGGUGUCUUACAAGCUGCUAAAGAUGAAUACACAAGGGCGAAGGCAGAGUUAGAUGCCACCAUUCAGGAACUAUCCGAACUAUAGAUACGUUAACUUUAUAAAACAUUCUAUUUAUGUAUGAUUAGUAGAUGUUAAAAUGUAACAUAGAAUCUUUUUACUUCAAUGCUAUAAGAUAAGCUCCAAAUCACAAGUUUUGAUAUUUGUGUUGAUAAAAAAAUAUUUUUUAGCGAAAAGCAAAAAAAAAAACAUGUUGCUUGUUACAAAUAUUUAUUUCUUAUAUAUUUAAAACUUCUAAUUUUAACCUAUUAGCUUUUUUUUUGUGUUGCUUUAAAAAAAUUUGCGUUGUUGGACCUAAUGAAUUAUAGCACUGAAGUAUCGAAUAAUAUAUAUAUAAAUUCAUUAUAAUAAUUUGUAAAUCAAAUAUUAAUAUAAAAACUUUUUUUUUUUUUUUUGGAUGAUUUAUUUUUGAUUUUUUUUUAUAUAUUGAGUAUAUUGAGGUUAAAUCUAUUAUUUUAGUAUAGGAAAAUAGCAAGUUUUAUA